AUGUGCGGUGCACGACGACGAGCGGCUCUAAUGCGUGUAUCGAAUCUCCUGGACGCUGAAUUGCAACGAAUGUACUCACAAGGACGUGCUGAUACCCAAAUAUGUAACACUAGGCAAAUUACCCUCAUAGAAUUCAUAGAGUAUCUGUUUUACAAAGUGAAUGAUGCGAUCAAUUCGUUGGACGGUGGCCAACAUCGUGGUUACCAUCGAUUAGUUCGAUUUCAACAUAAAACCAAAGACAAAGCGGGUUUGCCUACGACGGUGCUGACGAUUCCGCUAGCUGGAGAGGACCAGUCUUUACCCCCUCCGUCCAUCGUCUCCAAUACUGCCGCCUAUUCGAUAACCUCACCACAGUCCAGUUGUGAAGAGUACGAGGAAUACGAUAAGAUUUCCGACGAGGGCUUCUACAAUUCGUCAUCUCGUCAAACUACCGUAAUUGAUGAGCCUGCAACUCAUUCGACGCUUUGUAGGGUGUUGUACGAUUUUGAACCGAAACACGAUGAUGAAAUACAGGUUCGGGCCGGUGAAUGCGUUGUGGUUGAGGACCGGCUCGGUGAUGAUUGGCUUAUCGGCCACGUGAUCUCAGAAAAUGGAGCCGACUAUAAAACUGGGCGAUUUCCCACUUCUUAUGUGGCAUUUUGA